UUGGCACCUGAAAUUUCGUACUUGCAGGGUAACUGUGGAAGUUGCUGGGCUUUCAGCACAGUUGCUGCACUUGAGGGACAACAGUUUCUUCGAACUGGUGCCUUAACUAGAUUAUCUGAACAAAAUAUCCUUGACUGCAGUGACGGUAAUUAUGGGUGCGAUGGUGGCCUCAUGAUGGAAGCAUUCGCAUAUGUGAUAGACAAUAAUGGUGUUGACACAGAAAAAUCAUAUCCAUAUCUCGGAUAUCAAGGAGUGUGCCGUUACUCAAAUUUGACCCGUGGGUCAAGUGCUUUUGGAAGAAGAAUGCUACCUUAUGGUGAUGAAAAUAUGAUGAAACUCGCCGUAGCGGUAGUUGGUCCAAUAUCAGUUGCUCUUGAUGCUGAUUAUAUUUUCGGUUACAGACGAGGUAUUUUUUCGAAAGGAAAUUGUCCGGAUGACAUUGAUCAUGGCGUCACUGCCAUUGGAUACGGUACAGAAGCAGUGAAACUGAAAAAUGGCACCACAAAAUUUAUUGAUUAUUGGCUCAUUAAAAAUAGCUGGGGUGAAAACUGGGGAGAAGAUGGUUAUCUGCGAAUCGUUCGGAACCAAAAUAUGUGUGGAAUAGCAAGCUAUUCAAGUUACCCCUUGGUGCAAAAGAUAAGAAUUUAA